AACUAUAGGGAGGAAGACAGGGAAACACCGAUCUGAGCGUAUAAAAGAGGAGUAAACACACUCAUUCAUUCACACAAGCUUCUUGAUCAGUGACCAGAAAAUCAUUAAGAGAAUCUUCAGAGCAUCGAGUGUGUUCAAGAGCAAGAGGAAAAUGAAGUCUGCUGCAGUUUUUGUUGUGUUUGCCUGUCUACUUAUUGUUCAUGUACAAGGACAGGCCAGGACCAGUGUAAGGAGGUGUUUGUGUCAGGGUCCUGCAGCUAACGGAGUACGUCUACAACGUAUUGACAAGAUUGAAAUUCAUCCUGCGAGUGCAACUUGUGAAAAUAAGGAAAUCAUUGUCACUCUGAAGAACGGUGCAGGAAAAAAGUGCUUGAAUCCGGAAUCUGAAUUUACUAAGAAAUACAUCACAGCAGCAUUAGAGAAAAGGAGUGCAGUGUAAAGCGUGCAUCGUGUCGUUACUGAACAGAAGAGGAAGACGAGAGAACAGAGACAGCUUGCUUAAAAUAUUUUAAAUGUUUUAAAAAGUGUACAUGUGAUAUGUCUGACUGUUUAAUUUAUGAGAGUUUAUUCUGUAUAUUGCUGGAUGUACAUAGUUGUUAAAGAAACAUGCAAGAUUUCUUAAUAUAUAUUGUUUUUGUAUACUAAAGUACUAAAUUAUAAUAAAAUCAGCACAUAACAGUGCUUAAAAACUUCAGAAAGCAAUUCAAUGUGUUUCUUAUUACAGGAUAUCAAUACAUUUUUAUAAUGUUUGCCCAA